UUUAUACGGAGGGACUGAACAAUUAAAAGAACAGAAGAAAUGUCGUCACCGAAUCGAGACCCAGAUCACGGUGGCGACUCGGCCGGAACUCGGUCACCGGAGAUCAGGAAGGACCCGGUGACAAACCGAUGGGUCGUAUUCUCUCCUGCUCGGGCCAAGAGACCCACCGAUUUCAAGUCGAAAUCUCCCCAAAACCCUAAUCCGAAAUCUUCCUCGUGCCCCUUCUGCAUCGGCCGCGAGGACGAUUGCGCGCCGGAGAUAUUCCGGGUUCCUGACGUCCCGGAUUGGAAGAUCCGGGUCAUCGAGAACCUGUACCCGGCUCUUAACAGGGAUCUCGAAAUCCAGACGGGUCAGCUCAAGACGGGGCGGGUUUUACCCGGGUUUGGCUUCCACGACGUGGUGGUCGAAGCUCCGGUUCACUCGAUUCAGCUCUCUGAUAUGGAUCCUGAAGAUAUCGGCGGUGUGUUGCUCGCGUAUACGAAAAGGAUCGAGCAGAUCAAGCAACAUGAUUCCGUCAAAUACAUUCAGGUCUUUAAGAACCAUGGUGCUUCAGCUGGCGCAUCUAUGAGUCACUCUCACAGCCAGAUUCUGGCCCUCCCAGUUGUUCCUCCGACGGUUUCUUCUCGGCUCGAUGGUACAAAGGAAUACUUUGACCAGACUGGAUGGUGCUGUCUCUGUGAAGCCAAACCGAAAGAGCUUGUCAUCAACGAGUCGUGCCAUUUUGUUUCCUUUGUUCCUUUUGCUGCUGCAUUUCCCUUCGAGAUUUGGAUAGUUCCCAAGUAUCACUCUUCCCACUUCCAUGACCUGGACACCAACAAGGCUGUCGAUCUAGGUAGAUUGCUGAAACUCAUGCUCCAGAAGAUGGCAAAGCAGUUAAACAAACCCCCAUUCAAUUACAUGAUCCACACUUCUCCGCUCGAGGUUGCAGAAUCACAAUUACUUUACACUCACUGGUUCCUGCAGAUAGUACCCCAGCUUUCCGGGGUAGGAGGCUUUGAGAUCGGGACGGGGUGUUACAUAAACCCUGUUUUCCCUGAGGAUGUGGCCAAAGUUUUGAGGGAAGUUAGUCUUCCUUGAACCCGUUUCUUCUAUAACCCGAGGUUUUGAGGCAAGUUCAAACGGUUGCAUUUACAUGAUGGCAUUGUUACUGACAUUUGAAGAUAUGGAGAGAAACAAUAUAUAUCAUUCGGGUUUUCCCCGAGGUAUUAGGAUACCAUUAA